AUGAAGGUAAGAUCAAUAGGAGUAUACGCGAUACGCGAUAAUGGUGAUAGUGACGACACUACGAAAAGAAACACACGACAAAAAAGUUUGAAAGAAUCAAGAACCCUUGUUGGAAAUGAAAAUCGUGAUUUAGUUUGCUGUUUUAACGUGGAUGUUGCGUUAAUGUGGAAUUUGACUAUAAAAACGACAUGGGAUAAAUAUGGAAGUAGGAAUAUGAAUGUUGAUACGAGGUUGAACUCGGCUGAGGAUGAAAUUUUACGGCUACUACAUGAUUUUCACUCUUCGGGUACCUUUCCAUCGGGGUUGAAUACGACCUUUUUGAUCCUUAUUCCGAAAGUGAAAAGAGCUAGUGACAUAAAAGACUACCGCCCUAUUAGUCUUAUUAAUGGAAUUUUCAAAAUGUUGUCAAAGAUCCCUAUUGCAUCAGAGGUUAUUCAUAUUUCAUCUAGGCGCAAGGAUCCUUUAUUCAUUAUUAAGCUGGACUUUCAGAAAGCCUUUGACAGUGUUUCUUGGCAGUUUAUUACGGAGAUUAUGCAGAAAAUGAAUUUUAAUGAUACAUGGUUCAGUGGAUUAAUAGCCUCCAGAAAAAUGUUUUUCAUGGAAAAGGGUGUUCGGCAAGGUGACCCACUCUCACCGAUGCUUUUUGUUAUUGCAGUGGAGGGCUUUAUAAUUAUCAUUGAUAGUGCGAAGGAUUUGGGGCUGAUUGAAGGAGUUUCUAUUGAAGGUUAUCACGAAUCUUUGUCUCUGCUGCAGUUUGCAGACGACACUCUUUUGUUCCUUCCGAAUGAUUUAACUAUGGUUUCUAACCUCCUCCGUAUUCUUCGCUGCUUUGAGGUAGUCUUUGGAUUGCGUAUAAAUUAUGCAAAGAGUUUGAUUAUUGGUUUAAAUGUGUCUGAUCAAGAUAUAGCUUCUGCCACCUCUAUUCUUAACUGCAAAAUAGACAAAAUUCCUAUUGCUUAUCUAGGAUUUCCUCUUUCUCGGAGAAGUUUGACGAUGUCUCACUUCAAUCCAAUCGUGCAAAUAUUUUCUUCUCAUUUGGCUCUUUGGAAAGGUGUCUUAUCGUCAAUGGAUAGACUUAUGAGGAAUUUUCUUUGGUCGGGCUUGGGUUCUUCGAGAGGAAUUUGUAAAGUAGCGUGGAAGGAUAUUUGUUUGCAUUUGUGUUUUGGAGGGCUAAACGUUCCAUCUCUUCGGCUUAGAAAUCAAAGUCUUCUCCUUAAAUGGGUAUGGAAACUUUUCACUUGUGAUAAGGGUUCGUUUUGGUUUUUGACUACUCGUGCUAGUUGUAAUAUGAAUUCAUGGAACGAUUUGAUUAACCCAAAUAAUCUCAAGUUGUCUCACUUUUGGAAAGGGGUUCGGAAGUAUUGUGUUGAUAAUGAAGAUAUUUGGAAUUUAUUUAGUUCUAAUAAAAGGCGUCUCAGGUUGGGUGAAUCCGAGUCUUUUCAGUUGCUCAAGCAAAAACUUCCUCUGGCUGUCUUCAAUAUCCAGCAGGACAAAGUCUUCUGGUCCGGCAGAAAUGAAUUCACAGCUGCUGGGUUCUUCAAGCUUCACAUUCCGGGUGAUGUUCAUUUGCAGCAGGACAUAUUUCUUUUACAGGUCUGGAAGCAGAAAAUCCCGCCUAGGUUACAAUUUUUCACUUGGCUUCUGCAUCGUGGACGGCUGGCUUCAGAAGAUUUCCUGGUUCGUUGUCGGAUUCUGGAUUACGAGCAGCAGUUCUGCACUCAUUGUGCAGAGAUAGAACCUUCAGCUCAUAUCAUCUUCUUAUGUCCUUUAGCUUGGAAAUUUUGGUCUAAUUUUCUAACCUGGAUUGGCAUUAUGGCUUGGAUAAUGCUGGGAGACUUAGCGAGUUUUUAUUAUCAAUGGAUGGAUUUGGCAAACUCGCAUUACAAAAAUCUUUGGUCAGCAAUUUGA